GCAGAUGCAAGACUUGAUUUCCACGUGCGUUUGUUUACCUUUGUGUCAAAAUCGUUUAAAAUGGUUAAAAGUUUGCGUUUUAAAAGGAAAAUUCACUAAAGAGAUCAAAGUCGUGUAACUUUAUGAGUUUUCUUAUCUGCGUUCGUAUUGGCGAGGGGUUUGACAGGAAAGGAAAAAAGAUAUGAUUCAGAGAGUAGCAAUAUGAUCAGAUGAUGCAUUUUAUAUGUGAUAAUGGAAAAGUUAAUAAAAGGUAAUACAUUGCUGGUUGGGGAAGGAGAUUUCUCAUUUGCUGUUUCCAUGGUAGAGAAGUUGCCUGGUAAAAAAUGUACAUGUAUUACAGCAACCAGCUUGGAGACAUCAGAGUCUAUCCAGAAGCACCAGUAUGCCGCAAAGAAUAUUGAUUCAUUAAAAGAAAAAGGAGUGACUGUCAGACUUGAUACAGAUGCCACACAAUUACACAUCAAUCCAUUAACUAGAGAUGAAAAGUUUUCAUCUAUCAUCUUCAACUUUCCACAUGCUGGAGGUAAAUCUAACCACAAGAAAAACAGAAAACUUCUCAAUGACUUCUUUGCAAGUGCUGUUCAGGUAUUGGAAGGUGAAGGUCAGAUCAAGAUGACCUUGUGUAAAGGUCAAGGUGGAACCCCAGCUGAUCAACCAAUGAGAGCCUGGCAUGAUAGUUGGCAGGUCGUUUCCAUGGCAGCCAAUUCUGGUCUGAUAUUGACUAACAUUGUGCCAUUUAAUGCUGAUGAUUACAGGGUGUACACAUCUACUGGAUUUAGGAGUUUAGAUAAAGGUUUCAACACAGAGAAUGCACUGACACAUGUGUUUGAGAUGGCCAAGCCAGUAAAGGUCCCUGGUGGUGCUGAUGAGGUAAAGAUCAAGCUAGGAAACAACAUCUUCCUGUGUCAGCCUUAUAUCUACAGAAAACUGCUACAAAUCAGGUCUAUAAACAGCAAUAUGAGUCAUCCAAUACACAGAGUUUAUAGAAGAUUUCUGAAAUGUCUUACUUGUAAUACAACCAACAAAGUUGAAAAUCGAGGACUUCAAAGCCCUUUCAAAGAAUAUGCAACCAGAGUUCCAUCAUGUGAUGCUGGUUUAAUGUCAGAUGAGGAUUCUUACUAUAAACUGAUUAAAUCUGAUGUCACAGAUUUCAAGGAGGUCGGUGAUGAUCUAAGUGAUCUAAUAGAUGAAACAGAUAAUGAAAUUAUCAAGGAUGAUAAAGAUGUUAGUAAAGACUGGAACCCAUUAGUAUUUGCAGGUCCCGACGACCCUGAAAUUUUAAGGAUAAAAUAUGGACCAGUCUAUAAACCAUGUGAUAUUUCAUUGAACCAGUCUCUUGUGUCCUAUAUUAUGACACUUGCAUGGCCUGUUUCUAUUGGUUCAGAUAAUGGUGAUGAUUUGGAGCUUGUUAAAGAAAAUUUAGCUAAAACUGCGAAUGAAGUUGCACAUAAAGUUAAACAUAUACUUGAUGAUAUGAUGGUAAACACAAGGUGGAAAGUAGAUUUAACAAAUGGUCAUGUUGAGUUUAUUCAAAUAUUGUCUGAAGAUUUAGAAAAAGUUUUUGAUGUGGCUGACAUAUACAUCUGUGAUAAAACACUUAAUUUAUCCGAAGGAACAGUACAUAAUAAGAGCAAAGAUCAAGAAUCUGUGAAGGUAGGUGAUUGCAAAUUGAAAUUUGUCAGGGAUAAUUUAGUAUCAAAAUCUUCAUUUGUUACAGUUUUUUGUACCAUUGACCUGUGUAAACUUGCAUGUAGUAUAUACAGCAUCGAAAAUGAGAAAUUGAUGUGGUCUGAAGACACAAGAGUACUUGGUAUGUUUUCUCAGCUAGAUCUUGUAUCACCUGUUCAUAGUUUUGUUCUUGAAAAUGGUUUACAAGCUGUUAAUGAAAGUACACAAAGUGAGCCAAAAUUAUCAGAAUGUGAAGCUGCAGAUGUAGCCAGAAGCAGUAAAUUCCAGUGCAAAGAUUUUGGUAUAAAAUCACCGAGCUUAUAUCCGAUGACAUUCAUUCAUGACAUGAGUUUCUGGGAGAACAAGAACUUACCAUUUUGUAUGUUCAAGUAUUGUGACAUAAUACGAGAUGUGGCAGGUGAUUGUGUGAUUGGUUUGGAACUUUUAGAUACAUACACUGAACUUGUAUCUGGUAAAACAAGUCGCUGUUACAGAUUGACAUUCCAGUCGGCGGACAAGGUACUGUCGUAUGACACAUCUUGGAGGUUACAAAGUCUUAUACGACUUGAAGUUGAGAAGAAAAUGAAAAUUGAAUUGAGAUAGUGAAUUCUUAUAAUUUUAUUUACGGUUUUUUAUUUGAAAUGAGUAUUUCUAUGGAGAAAAAAAAUUCAACUAUCAUAGGACUAUCUGUCUGGUGCUUGCUGUGGAUGUAUGCAUAUGUUAGGAUAUUGAUUAAUCUAAAUAUAUGUUUUCUGAUACACAUUUGUACCCUAUUGAAGAUCAUUUAUGUAUACAUAUGUACACUUGUAAAGCUGUAAAGUAAAAGAUAGUAAUGUCA